AGAGAGCUGAACAGAGAUUUUGUCAUUACAUUAUACCACUCACUGCCAGAACCCGACCGUGGUUUCCAGGGAAACUGUGAAUGUGAAGCUUUUCAACAGACACAGCCACAGCUUAAAGAGCGAGGAUUGCCUAAGAUAGAUUCUUCUAGAGACAAACCUGUAGCCUCUGCAAUCACUAUCAAUAAACAGAGGAGAUGUGCGGACAGAUGUGGGUCUCCAUAAACGCUGAGAUUUGCGAUGUUUGACCUGCUGAGGUACUUGUACCACUUUAAUAUAGAGGCAGAAUGGGAAGUAUUAAGGACGAGAUGAGAGGUCUCAGAGAGGACCACCAGCCUCGUGAGAAGACAGAUGAUGGAGAGCAUCCAGGCGGCUCAAAUGGCAGCUCUGUGCCUGAGGGACCUCAGAUAAACACGAGUCAAGAGUCAACAACUCAAGGGGACUAUCAGCCAAAACUACACACGAAUGCCAGCCACACUGAGGAGGGAGGCAAUAAUCCAGUAUCCAAAGAUCCAGUGCUCUCAGGAGGGGAUAGAGACAACACUGACUCUAUAGGUGUUAAAGACCAUACGCAGACUGAUGCCAUCCCUCUGACACAACAACCUGAAGCUGAUAGUACAACGACAGCUGUACACAACAACAUGACAAUCUGUAAUAAGCUCCUGAAUGAUGGUGAAGGAGAUGCUGAAAUUCAGAGGGAAGAGUCUCAGGAUAAAAGCGUGGGUCAGGACAGAGAGAAAGAGGCAGAAAUUGAGAGUAUCUUGGUGCCUGUGCCAUCAACUCCAAACCCUUCCGACCCACGUUCCCCCGACCCACGUUCCCCAGCUCCUUUGGGACAGCAGCACAUGCGCACGCAGGUGAGCCUGGAGGUGGUCCAGUGUUGCUCUGCAGCCACCAGCCCCAUGACUCCUCCCGAGGGCGGCCAUUCCUACUUCUUCCCAAGCUCUUUUGGUAGAUCCGAAGGUGUGGGCUCUGACACUCAAGAUGCUGAGCUACAGGUGGGUCGGCAGGUGGAGUUCUGCUCUGUUGCCACCUCACCCAUGACCCCAAAAACGCCUUCGACCACUGCUUUCCCAGAGCUUAUCGGGAGGGAGGCGGUGCAGAAGGAGGAGAAAGUGAAAAAGAGUGAGGAUCAGAGAGAGAGUGGCCAGCACGAGAGUUUCCCUGUGACAAAGAGUCUGGCAGAAGCUGAGUCAGAGAUAACUGGAGCUAUGAAAUUCACCACUUCAAAGGAGCUGACCGAAGGCUUCAGCUCAAAUGCAUCUCCAGAGAGCUCUGCCAGCUGCCCAGCUGCUGGGUUAAUGGAGUCACAAGUAACUCGGGAGGAUAGUAAUCAGCAGUGUAAGCAGCAGAGGAUGGGAAGUAUGGAUCAGGACAUUACAAUCCUGGUGACCCACUAUAGCAAUGGUGAGGAGGAAGGGGAAGAGAAGGCUGAGUUAUCUUUUUAUUCCAUUGAGCCAGAGAUGGUCAAGAUAGACGAAUAUGAGGAGCUCAGUGAAAACAAGAGUGAUGGGAAGGAAACUGCUGCUUCUGAUCAGGCACAGGACACCUCAAAUACAAACCCCCCACAAACCAAAAUUGAAGAAUCAUCUGUUCCUGCUAGCGACCAACCAAAAGCUGAGAUCAAAGACACACGUGAAGAGGUAAAAGAUGUUUCUGUGACAAAACCUCCUGUCCCCGAAUCUCCAGCUCCCUUCGGCUGCCACAACAUCCGCACACAGGUGAGCCUGGAGGUGGUGCAGUGUCAGUCUGUGGCUACCAGCCCUAUGACUCCUCCUGAGGGGGACCAAGCCUUCUACUUCCCAAGCUCCUUUGGGAGAUGUGGAGCUGUGGGUGCGGAGACUAAAGACGCUGAGCUGCAGGUGGGUCAACAGGUGGAGUUUCGCUCUGUCGCCACAGCGCCCAUGACGCCAAGGACGCCCACCACCACGACUUUUCCUGAGAUCAGGAAGGAGGCUAGUAUAGAGGAGAAGAUAGUGGAGGAGGAAGAAGAUAAAAAGGAGGAGGACGAGGAGGAAGCACUUAAAGAGGAGGAGAGAGUAACCAAAGAGAAAAAAGUGGAGGCAGCUGAAGAGGACAAAGAGGAGGCAAUACAUUGUAAUGAGAAAGGUGAGGAGAAAUGUGAGGAGCCGGUGCAGGAGGUGAGCUGGGACGAGAAAGGAAUGACGUGGGAGGUGUACGGGGCGGUGGUGGAAGUGGCCGUGCUGGGCUCAGCCAUCCAGAAACACCUGGAGAAACAGGUGAAGAAGCAGAAGAGGCAGCCCUCCAUGCCUCCCCCUCCUCCGCUCAACCCCUCGGCCAUACCCCUCACCUCAGAGUCCGCCCAGGGGGGGUCAGGGUCGGGUAAAGGCCGGGCCGGGAAGAGAGGGGAGGAGGAUGGGAAGGUGAGCCGACGCAGAAGAAACCCGUUCCGCCUGCUGAUGGAGAACAUGCAGCAGCCACAUUGUUGCUCCAGAGCUCAUACCACCGAGUGACACAAGAAUAAAGCAACAGCUGGCCGCAGGUAAAAAACAUCUGUCAAAGUCACACGAGAUCUGAUGUAUGUGGCUGUGAUGCUCACUGAUUCACUUCAAUGUGACAGUGUCUUGACAGUGAGAGAAGCAAAUCACCUCCUAACACGAGACAAAAAAGCACAAAAGCAUUUAUUGUACAGUUUCUAUGGUGGAGCGUUCGUGACUGAGAAUCAGCCAUAUAAGAUUUUUUUUUGUUUCUUUUUUCUUGGAUUCCUGUUUUUCACAAAUCUCCUGGGACUUCUCGCUGUACAGGCCGACAGAUUAAUGGACUCUCUGUUUGGAAAAAUGAGGGUGAUAUAUCAAUGUCAUUUUUAGCUCUUCUCCUUUAAUGUUUUUCACCCAGGCCAUUCAACUGUCCAAUGAAUCAUUCUAGCUGUUGAUGCUUUUUUUAUUUUUUAUUUUAUGCACCUCAGACAAGAUGAAGCCAUGGCAACCAACUAUCCUUCUUGUUUCAAACAAGCUUAACAAUGAACAGCUUUGACCGGGAGAGAUGACAGCAGAGUGACAGUUUUUGGUUAUGAUUUAUGACCUCAUGGUUUGUCAGUACAAUCUGAGGGUCAAUUUGUUUCGGAUGUAUGGAAAUUUGAAUUGAUCUAAAUGUUGCCUUGAUCAGUGAGUGAGAGGAGUCCCUACCAUUAGUGCAGGCUUUUUGUAUGUCUUAUAUUCUGCUUUUAGAUUUGGCACAAUGACUUGUUUGUAUUGUGAAAAACUAUAAAAAAUGUACUGAUGACAAGCACAAUCAUGAUUAUUUUAGAAAAGUAAUGACUCCUGUCAUUGCUGUUUUUAUGUAUUUGUAUUUUAAUGCCAUGAUAAGCAAUUCAGUUGUAAGUUAUGUGAUGAAACUUACUUUAAAUGUUUUAAUUCAGAGGUUGUUACAGUGUCGGUGAUGUUGGUGUUCACACAUUAACUUCAUAAAAGUGGGCUAAAAUCCACAUUUGAAGACAAUUAUUUUAUUCACAGAUUGCACUUGUAAUACAUUCAUUUAGAUGUCAGUAAACAGUGAAAUAGUUUUUUGCAUCUGCUGCUUGUAGGACGUCACAACGUCACACUGCAUGAGGUUUUAUUUCAGCAGCAAGUAUCUCAAGCCCCAAGCAAACACUGACAAAUGAAACAUGCAUUAGGUUAAACCUUCAGGCUGACAUGCAGUUAUAAAUAAUGAUUUCAUUCAUACACCAACAUUAUGCAAUAUUCUCCUCUUUUUUGAUUUUCUUUCUAGUAGCAUCAGCUGCAACAAAAAAUAGCAUUGUGUGUUGGCAUAACUUAUAAUACAGUUUAUUUCAAAGCAAACCAAACACUUUUUAAACCAUUGCUUAAUAUAUGAACAAAAUAAAGUGAUUCACAUGUGCAACAAA